AUGGAUAUUGAUUUGCCCUCUAAAGAGUUUAAUUUUACUACGAACAAGAUUUCGUGGUGGAAGGCCGGUGAAUACCAGGAAUUAUCUUUGGGUUUGGAAACGCGGCAGCAUCGGUAUUAUCUACGAAGACGCUUCUAUGAGGACUGGACUUUAGUGAUAGACAAUGUUCGGGAAGUUGAUUCCGGAUUUUAUGCUUGUCAAAUCAAUGCCGAUACACUACUUGAAAAGAUAUUUCUCCUCAAUGUUACUGAUGAUGUCAAGCCAAAGAACCUCAACUCUGCUUAUUUGGAAUUUCUCAAGGAUGAAGGUAUUUGGUAUACUUAA